AGUCUUAAGUAUCCAGUUUUAGAUGCUGAAAAGGCAGAGGAAGCUCGACUGAAGAAGAAUAUGAGCGCCGAAAAAGCUAAAGCAUAUGCUGAGACUCUCCAACUUCUUUCUGAGCUACAGAAGGAUAACGAACCUGGAGUUAGUCAAACAUCAGAGGAAGAUGACGUAACACUUGCCAAGAGACUCGAAGAUAGGCUGGCUACAAAGAGUAAUGAAGUCAAACCAAUAGCGAAGUCGACCACGUCAGUCAUGGACAAGGAGAAGAAAAAGCCGACUAUCUCAGCCAAGGAGAAGAAACUUACUCCAAAAAUCACAUACACCCCUCAGAAGCCAGUAACUCGGAGCCACCCGCAGAAAAGAGUUGAUCCUGAGUUUGCUAGUGGCAAAGGACUGUCGGGACAUAAAAGGCGAAAAACAAAGUCCAGAACUGAAAACCCAGUUGGAAAAGAUUGCCCAACAGAGAAAGUUCAGAAAAAGGAUAGCGAGAAUGUGAGAAAGAGAAAAGCUAAAGGUGAUCCAAAUCUGCAAGAACUUACUAAAAAAGUGAAGAAUGCACGCAAGUUGUUGAGCCUAAGGAAAUCUCCGUUCUAUAAGGAUUUGAGUUCACAACAAAGAGCGCUUCUCUCUCCUUUUUUUGACAAAGCUACCUCAAUCAACAGUGCUUGGAAAGCUCCUGCUGUGAUUGGUCAUCACAUAUUAUCUGCAGAGACCUUUGAAGAUCUGCUACAUAACAGGGCUUUAGAGGGAGAUCUUAUAAAUUACUGGCAAUACCAACUGAAAAAAGCAUAUCAUAAUGAGCAACCAGUGAAUGGACAGAGAAAGUACAUUCCAGUACUCCACAUUGAUCCAACAGGCUGGUUUUAUUUAAGUGACCCAGUACAUCAAGUAGCAGCAAACAGCUGUAUUCUUACCCAUCAGGAAUAUGGAGGAAGGAACCAGGAAGAUUAUUAUUCCAAUGUCACACCAAAACGUGCAUUGGACGCUUCUUUAUGA